AUGGAAAGAACAAGAUAUGCAUAUGAAAAGUAUCGUGAAGUUAGAAGUCAAAUUACAUCUGGUCGAACCUUUACAGUAAACUUUGACGAAGGAAAGAACAAAGAAGGCUUCAUGGGAGUACUUGCUGCAUCAAGACGAAAUAAGAAAGGACACAAUCUCAGAUUGACCAUAACAGAUUUGGAUGGUCACAUUUACUAUGCACAUGGCAAUGAACAAACAGCCGCAAAACUUCUUGACGCUUUCAAGACUACAAAGAGAGAACAAAUGGUUGACUCCGACUCAGACAUUUUGAAUGCAAUUGAAGGAAUUGCAAGUGUCAAGUUCGAAUGGUACCAACCUAACCCUCAAGCAGUCAGACAACAUGCUGGAUACUUCCCGUUCAUAAAUAAGUCUGACAUUGACUUGACAAGGUAUGGAAUUUACAAUUCAAUUGAAACAAUUGUCAACGAACCUUGCAUUCUUACAUGUCUCAGGAACUCUGGUCUUGUUACAGAUGAGAAGAUGAAGUAUCUUGAGUCAUGUGUGAAGACAAGGUACAUUCUCAGAGGUCAAUUGGCAAAAAUUGCACCGUUGGCAAAUGUCAAUAUCCGAGUCAACAUACCUACAGCUAAAGGUUCUUCACAUGACGACUAUGUUGUUGACAAAGACUUACCAUGGUUGAAGAUUGUAAUUGUCCACAACCACUUCAUGUUGAACGAAAGUCUUACAAACCCAUUCUUUGGUAAAAGUAAGUGCAACAUUGUCAGAGCUGUAAACAUUCUUUUCGAGAAAGGUUUGUUGGAACCAAUUCCAGAUGACAAGCUGACAGAAACUUUUGUACCAAAAGACGAAACAAACUUUUCAUUGUUAGCAAGACCAAAAGUUGUUCCAGACAAAGUUCUAGUACAAAAGAAGUACACAGUUCCACAAGGGGUUGGUAUGUUCGGAUACCAACCUGAACCAGAAGAACUUCCAAUGAG